CUACCCACCAACUUCCGCACACAAUCUAAAGUUCACAAGAACUCUAGAUUAACACUCGUUUUCACGUUUUCAAAAGAAACGAAAAAGUUUUAAAUUUGUAACAAAGUCUAUUCACCCCCCCUCUAGACUUUGUAUCUCACCACUUCGGGACCACCAGUUGGUAUCAGAGCUUGUUUCUCACUAUCUACUUUUAGAUUAACGAGAAGCGAUCAUAAUGGUGAACAAUAUGGAUCACGGUUUGCCCAAGUUUUCUCUUCUAGGUUAUGAUGAUUGGAAGAUCAUGAUGGAAGCACAUCUCUACGCUCUACGUGAUUGCAUGUGGAUGGUGCUUGAGGAUGGACCCUUGAAAAUCCAAAUGGAGAACCCUGAGAGGAAUCCAGCUGCUCCAGAUGUAGUUCAGUACAUUCCAAAGCCCAAGGAAAAAUGGGAUGAUAGAGAUUGCAAAAAGCACAAUCUGGACAACGUCGCCAAAGCAGCCAUCUUCAAGACACUUGAUCCCAUCACCUUCUCCAAGACUAAGCAUCUCAAGACUGCCAUGGAGAUUUGGCAAGGUCUUGGGAAGCUAUGUGAGGGAUCAGAGGACCUGAGAAAGCAGAAGAUAGAAGUCCUGCUUGAGAAGUUCAAAAGCUUCAAAAUGCUUCCCGGAGAAUCAUUUGAUAUGUUGGAUGAAAGAUUCCACAAGAUAUUGAAUGAUCUUGCUUCACUUAACCACAUU